AUGGAUCAGCACAGGAAGAGGUCAUUCAGACCAAGCAGAGCAUGUGGGCAGUUCCUCCCCAGGCGAGCAGUCGGACAGGUCCUGGCUUGAGAGUGAGAAGCUAAUGGAAUAUCUGGGAGUGGACAAUGAUCGGGAAAUCUUACUUCCUCCUGUCACUUCUCCAAGAUUUCACAGAUAAACCCACGAUAUUCCCUGCUGAAAUUAUUGCAGGAAAGCGUGUGGAUGUAAGCUGCACCUUCAACACAACGUGCAAUGGAACAGCAGCACCUGUCUUAACCUGGGACACUCCCACUGACGUACCUGGAUCAGUCUCAAACACUGUAACUCAGCAUGGUGUCACUCUGACCUAUACUUCUCUUCUGACCCUCAUCCCAUCACUCAAACACCACGGACACACUCUCAGCUGCAGAGUGAGAUAUCCAUCUGUUUCUUCGGAGCGGACCCUCGUACUAACUGUGCAAUAUGCACCACAGAAUCUCUCAAUUACUUCUCUUGAUACAAUUAACGCUUCAUCGAUCAUUAUAAUUGAGGGGAAUUCUGCAGUGAUAAUCUGCUCUGUCGAGAGCUUUCCAGCUUCUAACCUG